AUGGCGGACUACAGGCGCGUGACGCCGGGCCGAUCGCAGCCCAGGAACUUGUUUUCCGUGGGCGCGUCGAGGAUGAGGGCGGUGAACAUCCGCUGCGAGAAGGUCGUGGGCAUCGACCUCGGGACGACCAACUCCGCGGUGGCGGCGAUGGAGGGGGGCAAGCCGACCAUCGUGACCAACGCGGAGGGGUCGCGCACGACGCCGUCGGUGGUGGCCUUCACAAAGGCGGGCGAUCGGCUGGUCGGGCAGAUCGCCAAGAGGCAGGGUGUCGUCAAUCCAGAGAACACUUUCUUCUCUGUGAAACGGUUCAUUGGUCGCAGGAUGGACGAAGUCAAGGAAGAGUCCAAGCAGGUUCCCUACCAGGUUGUGCAGGACCCUAACGGCAACGUGAAGCUGGACUGCCCUAAUGCUGGCCGACAAUUUGCUGCUGAGGAGAUCUCUGCCCAGGUCCUGCGCAAGUUGAUCGAUGAUGCCAGCAAGUUCCUCAACGACAAGGUCGACAAGGCCGUCAUCACAGUGCCUGCAUACUUUAACGACUCGCAGAGACAAGCCACCAAGGACUCGGGCAAGAUCGCGGGUGUGGAAGUGCUGCGGAUCAUCAAUGAGCCUACUGCGGCCGCAUUGGCUUAUGGGCUGGACAAGAAGGCAAACGAGACGAUCCUUGUGUUCGACUUGGGUGGUGGCACCUUCGAUGUUUCCAUAUUGGAGGUCGGCGACGGCGUUUUUGAGGUGUUGUCCACAUCUGGGGACACCCACCUGGGUGGAGACGACUUUGACAAGCGGAUAGUCGACCUGCUGGCGAAUGAGUUUCAACAGGCAGAGUCCAUGGAUCUGAGGAAUGACCGCCAGGCCCUCCAGCGCUUGACGGAGGCUGCCGAGAAGGCCAAGAUCGAGCUUUCCACCCUCCCCCAGACCUCUGUCAACCUGCCCUUCAUCACCGCCACCGCAGAUGGCCCCAAGCACAUUGACACCAACAUCACCAAGGCCAAGUUCGAGGACAUCUGUUCCGACCUCCUCGACCGCUGCAGGCGGCCUGUGGAGCAGGCGCUCAAGGAUGCCAAGCUUAGCCUGUCGGAGAUCGACGAAGUCAUCUUGGUGGGUGGCUCCAGCCGGAUCCCUGCUGUCCGGGACCUGGUGCAGAGCAUGACUCAGAAGGAGCCCAAUGUCUCGGUGAACCCUGACGAGGUGGUUGCGCUCGGAGCAGCCGUUCAGGCCGGUGUGCUUGCCGGCGAGGUUUCGGACAUCGUGCUGCUGGAUGUGACGCCCCUGUCACUGGGGUUGGAGACGCUGGGGGGUGUGAACACCAAGCUGAUCACACGCAACACCACGCUGCCCACGUCCAAGUCGGAGACGUUCUCCACGGCCGCGGACGGGCAGACCAGUGUGGAGAUCAACGUGGUGCAGGGGGAGAGGGAGUUUGUGCGGGACUGCAAGUCGCUGGGGACCUUCCGGCUGGACGGCAUCCCGCCCGCCCCACGGGGCGUGCCGCAGGUGGAGGUGAAGUUCGACAUCGACGCCAACGGCAUCCUGUCGGUGACCGCCACGGACAAGGGCACCGGGCGGCAACAGGACAUCAAGAUUACGGGCGCCUCCACGCUGCCCUCUGACGAGGUGGACGCCAUGGUGAAGGAGGCCGAGAAGUUUGCCGACGAGGACAAGGCCAAGCGCGACAGCGUGGACACCAAGAACCAGGCGGACAGCAUGGUUUACCAGACCGAGAAGCAGCUGAAGGAGUUCGGGGAGAAGAUUCCGGACGAUCUCAAGGGCAAGGUGGAGGCUUCGAUCAAGGUGCUGAGGGAGUCGAUCGACAAGGACGACGUGGAAGGGAUGAAGGCGAACAUGAAGAAGCUGCAGGAGGAGGCGAUGCAGAUGGGGGCGGCGAUGUACGGGGGCCAGGGGGGGCCCGCGCCAGGCGGGCCGGAGGGCCCGGGAGGCCCCGGGCCCCAGGGGCCUGGCGGGGCGGACGGCAAGGGCGACGACGACGACACCGUCGUGGACGCGGAGUUCAAGGACGCGAACUGA